UCCUUUAUGCAUGACCUUUGCGAAGGAAUGAACUUUAUACACACUACCGUGUCUUCUUUCCAUGGAUAUUUAACCGGGUCAAAAUGCUUGAUCGAUAAACACUUCAUAUUGAAAAUCGGAGAAUUCGGCUGCGAAACCUUAGUUUCGCUAUUGGCCAACGAACACAUAAAAACAGCCAUACAUGUACCCGUCAAAAAAUUGUACUGGACAGCGCCGGAAAUGCUGAAUUACCAGAUGAUGCCCAAUCGUGCGACAGACGUGUACGCAGUCGGUGUGAUUCUGCUGGAGAUUUUGUCGUCAGAUUAUCCGUAUCCUGAUCCAGAGCAGGAAUGCAAAUGUCUGCUCGAAAAAAUCUCUUCAGGUGCUGUCACUCCUCUCACUAUUCAAAAGGACGAGAACAUACGUCGGCUGCGCCCUGAUUUGCUGGCUUGUCUGGAGUGGACCUUUCAUCUGGAUCCAAACAAACGACCGACCGUCGCGAAGCUUCUAAGAACGUUGUUGCGACAGGAAGAGAAUUUUUUUCCUGGGUCCAAACGCUCUGAUCGCCUUGUGGACCAGAUCAUGGAGCGAUUAAAUCGUUACGCUGCGGAACUGGAGGAUAGGGUCGCUAAGCAGACCAGCGAUCUGAUUAAGGAAAGAGCGCAAUGCGACACUAUACUGCGACAGAUUUUACCAGGUAACAUCGUUGAGAAAUUACGACGCUGUGAGCAUGUCGGUGCGGAAGUUUUCGACUCCGUCACUAUCAUGUUCUUCGACCUUUAUGGCUUCGAAGUGUCGAUUCACCAAAAACGUUUGACUGAUUUGAUGGAUCUGUUAAAUGCCGUCGAAAGUCAAACGGACAGCUGCGUCAAUGAUGUGGACGCGUUUAAAGUAGAAGCAAUAGGAGAUAACUUUAUGAUUGUAAGCGGUGCUCCCGUAUGUAACGGUAGCCGACAUGUCGGAGAGAUCUGUAAAUUAGCCAUAUCACUGCGCAGCAAGCUGGAGAAGCUGCUGGAGGGUCGUGAGAUGCAGUUGCGAAUGGGUCUGCAUUCUGGAUCCAUUGCCGCUGGAAUGGUUGGAUUUCGCAAGCCAAGAUACUGCUUAUUUGGUGACACGGUUAACACCGCAUCGCGCAUGAUGAGCCACGGACUUCCAGGAAAAACCCAGAUGACUGGAAUCGCGGCAGAUUUAUUGCGGAAGAGCUGCUCUCAGUUCAGGAUGAUUUCUCGUGGUGUUAUUAAAAUUAAGAAUAAGGAGCCGAUGGAGACGUUUUGGCUGCUAAAUGAACCAAGUUAUUGAAACUGGCGUUGUUGCAGUUCAUUGCGUGUACAUGAGUUGUUGCUCCCUUCAAUGUGCAAAUGCUAACUAUAACAGCAAUUGCACGUGCAAAUUAUGCCAAAUACCAGCUGUUGGGUGCGCGUAACAGCCGCCGCCGUAACUGGUUCCUGCUGUUUCAUUUUUG